AUGUCACAAGUUGAAGAACCAAUAAUUGAUAAUUCCCAAUUAGAACAUUCUGUUCAUUCAUUAAUGUCCACUGCACCUGCAGAAGGUUCACAGAAUGCUGAGAUGAUGGCAUCUCAUGGUUUUACAUCAGCUACAUCUCAAAAUCAUAAUGCCACAAAUGAAACUCAAGAAGAACAAGAAGAUGGUGAAGAACAAUAUGAUGCAGAAACUGAUUUAGCUUUAGCUUCUUUUGUUCCAUUAGAAAAAUUACAAGUAAAUGGUAUUACAGCUGCUGAUUUAAAAAAAUUAAGAGAAGAUGGUUUGCAUACUGUUGAAGCUGUAGCUUAUGCACCAAGAAAAGCAUUAUUAGAGAUUAAGGGUAUCUCUGAAGCAAAAGCUGAUAAAUUAUUAAAUGAAGCUUCGAGAUUAGUUCCAAUGGGAUUUGUUACAGCAGCAGAUUUUCAUUCAAGAAGAUCUGAAAUGAUUUGUUUAACAACAGGUUCAAAAAAUUUAGAUACUUUACUUGGUGGUGGUAUAGAGACGGGAUCCGUAACAGAAUUAUUUGGUGAAUUUAGAACAGGUAAAUCUCAAUUAUGUCAUACUUUAGCUGUAACAUGUCAAAUUCCGUUAGAUAUUGGCGGUGGUGAAGGUAAAUGUUUAUAUAUUGAUACAGAAGGUACAUUUAGACCAAUUAGAUUAGUUUCAAUUGCACAAAGAUUUGGUUUGGAUCCAGAUGAUGCUUUAAAUAAUGUUGCAUAUGCGAGAGCUUAUAAUGCAGAUCAUCAAUUGAAACUUUUAGACGCAGCUGCACAAAUGAUGAGUGAAUCAAGAUUUUCUUUAAUCGUUGUUGAUUCUGUAAUGGCAUUAUAUAGAACAGAUUUUUCUGGUAGAGGUGAAUUAAGUGCAAGACAAAUGCAUUUAGCAAAAUUUAUGCGUGCUUUACAAAGAUUAGCUGAUCAAUUUGGUGUUGCUGUAGUAGUAACAAAUCAAGUCGUUGCACAAGUUGAUGGUGCUGCAAUGUUUAAUCCAGAUCCAAAAAAACCGAUUGGUGGUAAUAUUAUGGCACAUUCAUCGACAACAAGACUUGGGUUUAAAAAGGGUAAAGGUUGUCAAAGAAUUUGUAAAGUUGUUGAUUCACCAUGUUUACCUGAAGCAGAUUGUAUAUUUGCAAUUUAUGAAGAUGGUGUUGGUGACCCAAGAGAAGAAGAUGAAUAA